CUUCACCUCUUCAUUGGUCGUAAAAUGCAUGUACGUGGUGCUGGUGUCACUCUUCAAGACUGUAGUGAUGUGGAACUUGAAAAAUAAAACAUGAUGGGAUUGAAAAUAACGCCGGAACAUUUGUUUUUAAUAGUCAUCGUCAGCCUCUGUGAAAUUCUGCCGUGCACACCAAAAAUUUCGGACAAAAGAUUGUGCUACGAUGCUGAAUGCACCGUUCCCAUAUCCGAGGCAAAGACAGUGUCGAUGUACCACUCCCGAGACAAGGACGUCCUCUCGUUCCCCCUGAACGUGGACGUAUUAGUCUACAGCAAAGAGGCAGGCGACAGACAGGACCUCUGGGGUGUGGAGAUCCAGGGAAAGCGCGGCUACGCCCCCAAGUCCUUCCUCCGCGAGAAGAAGAUCCUCCACAAGUCCCACGACCUCCACGAAGUGCCAACCGAGAGAAUUCCCCCAGAGAACAUCUCCAAGGACCACAAGACCGAGGACAAAGUUCCCCCUGGCAUCAUCGACAGUUCGAUAGACUCUGGGAGUCCCUCACCGAUAACUCCACAGGUGUCACCUUCAUUCGAAGUUGUCGAUGGAACGACAAUACAUUUUUCAACUGACGAUGCCAGAGAGGAGGAGAGCUACGCAACGAAAAUUCGUCAAAGCCCUGGCUCCACUGAUGAACAGCCAGUCCUCAGUGUUCACCCGAACAUUGCCUCCAGUGAAGUUCACAUUAACGAGAAAUUGUCCUCUGAAACUGGGGAUUUGCCCCUGAAAAGCAAAAACGAAGAGAAAAAUCGAGAGGAGAAGGAGGAAAAGUCAUCUGGAGAUGAGGAAAUUGAGAAAAAAGAGAGAACUGUAGAUAAACCAGAAGAAAAUGAUGGAAAAACACCUGAGGAAGCUCUGGAUGAUGAAGUUGAUGAUGAGUCUCUGGAAGAGGGGAUUGAAGACAAUGAGGACGAGAAGAGUGGAGCAGAAAGAGAUGAUUCUGCUCCAGAGAAGGGAGAUUCCAGUGAAGAAAAUGCGGAGGAACAGCCUCAGGACUAUUUAUUCAGUGCUUUUCAGACUGUGACUUCGAUGUUCGAUAGUUUGUCAACGACAGAGGCACCAGAAGCUCCUGAAGCCGAUGGGGAAGGCUCACCUGAGGCUGUGACAACCCCUGAAAUAAUUCCAGGAACGAUUGCUGUGACUAAAAAAACUGUUCCAGAAGCUGAUGCUGGAGAAACUCCUGAGGAAGUUGAAGAUAAAAAUUCUUCUGGGGGUGUUUCAGCCCCAGAGACGAUUGCUGUGACUGAUAAAGCUGUUGUUGAAGAAAAUCCUGAAGUUGAAGAGAAAAAUUCUUCUGAGACUCAGUCAGCCCCUGGGAUAGUUCCAGAGGCGAUUGCUGUGAAUGAAAAAGCUGUUGAAGGGAAAAAUUCUUCUGAGACUUUAUCAACCCCAGAGGGAAUCCCACAGGCGAGUCCUGUGAAUGAAAAAGCUGUUGAAGAGAAAAAUUCUUCUGAGACUCCAUCAACCCCAGAAAUAAUUCCAGAGGGGAUUGCUGUGACUGAGAAAGCGGUUGUUGAGGAAACCCCUGAGGCAGUUGAAGAUAAAAAUUCUUCUGGGCCUGCAUCACCCCCGGAAACGAUCCCAGGGGGGAUUCCUGAGGCUCUCGUAACAGAGGCACCACCAGAAAAAAUAAUUCCUGACGAAAAACCCGAAGAAAAUUCGUCCACAACAGAACUCCCAGAAGACGUUGAAGCUAUCAACAGCACUUCUUCCUCGAAUCCCUCGGAAAUCGAUGAUAAAUCAUCUGUAGACAUGGGCACAACCCCUGAAACUGUCGAGGAACUCCUUGGAGACGAUAAUAACGUUAUUCAGGGUGAAGGGCAGCCUGGCAUCUAUCGAAAGGAUGAGUUAUCAGGUCCUAGCCAGAGUAUUGAUGAUAAUAAUGUCUUGGACUUCAAUGGAUUUCAGAAUAGAAACUUGUUGAAUGUUGAGAGUGAUCGAGCACGACGAGAAAAUUCCGUAAAAAUGCCACUGGAGGUUCUCCAGGCAACCCAAGAGUCUCUCCCCCCAGUUCUUCCAGCAGAGCAGCCCCUGGUAGCACCUCCAGAGGCAUCAGCAGUCGCCCCAGACCCCACACCCGAGGAAAUUCUGCAGAAUCCGGAGUCGACGACUGAAGUUCCUGAUCCAUUCACUCCCGAAGCCCCUCAGGAUCACCUGGAGCAGCCCCAGGACACUCUUCCUCCAGCCCCAGCCCUCGAGGACACUCCAACAACUGUUGAAGAGAAAUUAUCGUCCUCGGGGGUGUGUGAAGCCCUUGGAGAUUGUCCUAAUCCCCAGGAAAAAGAUUCACCAGAGACUCAGGAAGACGAGCAGUUCUUCGGUACUGCCAUGGGCAGUGCUAUUAAAUUCGGGAGAAACUACUGGGAGGCGCUGUCUUAUGUUGCUCUGACUGCCUUCACAACUCUGCUGUUCUCCCUGGGGUACUAUUACAUCGAAAACAGAAGGAGAGAUGGAGAAUUCAUCGCCAAGAUCAAUAGAUUGGAGAAGGAAUUGUUGGUUGCUACGAAGGAAUGCAGUGCCAUGGAUGAAACACUAAAGUCGACCAAAAAUAAGUUGACUUCGAUCGAAGAUGAGUCUUUCGGAUCUAAUGAAAUGGUUCUCUCCUUGAAAAAUGAAUUGGAUAAUGCACAUAAAGCAAAAUCAGAGCUGGAAGAUCAGGUAUCAGCCCUCGAGAAGGAUCUCGAGGGUGCAACUGAGGCAGGAUUAGAGCUGGAAAGAAUGUUACGUGAGAUUCUAGCCACCAAUAGUGCGGAAAAUCCUCUUGCCAAGUCUGUGGAAGACCUACAGGCACGUUUGAAUGCUCAACAGGCUGUCAACGAGUCGUUGACCAAUGCUCUACAUUUAAAGACUCAAGAGAGCGAGACAUUAACCAGAGAUUUAACAUUGGCGACUCAAAAGUGUGAACAACUCGAAGUAGAAAUUGUUAGAAUUACUGGAGAAUUGAAAGAAGAGAGGGAAUUGAGGAGUAAUAUUGAAGCGAUGUCGUCUAAGAAAAUUGAGGAGUUGGAGAAGCAACUCAAGGAUAUGUCUGCUGAGAGAAUAAACCUCCGAAAGCAGUUAAAGGGCAAGGAGAUGGAGUUGAAAGACCUCCUGGAGGUGGUGAAACAGUCAAACACCCACAGCAUCGAUUUCGAUAAAUUAGCUGACGUGUCCCACGUGAAAGCAGAGGCCAUUCAGCUCUCAGAGGAGAGAGACGAAUUGAAAAUAAAGUUGAGUGAGGUUGAGGGUGCCCAUCACCUCCUAGAGGAACACAUGAAGGUCAUAAACGAGGAGGUGAAAGCCCUCAGCGAACAGUGCAAGCUCGCUGAGAAGGAGAAGAGAGAAGCUGAAACUCGUCUCGAGGUGCUCUCCAACUUCUUCAAGGAGAAGGAAGCAGAGAGACAGAAGGAGGAGGCUGCCUGGCUACAGCAGCAGGGCGAAGUGUCAACCACUGUCGAGAGAUUACAGACUAUGCAUAAUGAAAUAUUGAGUUAUAAGCAGCAGAAUGAGUCGCUUAAGAAGGAGAUUCUCGAUCAGGAGAGGGAGUACAAGGCUCAGAUCACUAGUCUAGAGGCGAAGGCUCAUGAACAAUGGGUGCUGGCACGUCAGAAUGAACGUCGUCUCGAGGAAUCUAAAUCUGAGGCGGCACAAUUGAGGAACCGAUUGACUAUUAUUGAGAAAAACCUCACAGAGACAGAGUCCGACGUGAAAUUACAUCGAAUGGAGUCUAACGGGGAUCCAGCCACAUCCCCCUUAUUCCUAGGAGCCGAGGCAUCGAGUUCCCCAAUAAUGUUCUCAGGCACCUCAGGUCCACCCCCUCCACCCCCCUCCUUCCUCUACGGGCCCCCCUUGUCGUACCUGCCACCCCCACUGCCCCCACCGCCAGGAAUGCCCCCCUACGACAUCAGUCAACGUCCACCCCCCCUCGGUGGUCGUCUAGCCUCGCCACCCCCCAUGCCCCCCCUUCAACCCCCAUCGAAUAGAUAUGACGGUCCAGGCUCCCUCUCUCCCCCUCCCCACUCACCCACCCUCCUGCCCCCCUACAACCCGAGGAAUUACCCAGGACCAUUUGGAAAUGAAAGAAUUCCCCCGCCAUGGGCUGAUGAACAACUGCCACCAGCUCGUAACACUGGUUUCCACCCUUUCCAUCGAGAUCACCGAACGCGUGACAAAGGUUCUUUACACUCGUCCAGAGAAUCGCUGGAUAAAUCACACCAUAGUGGGAAAGUCUAGGUCUUUUCUUUAUUUUAUAAAGAAUGUUUUUCUAAAUUCAAUGUCAACUGUGUAACAAUUCCAUGUACAGUAAUAGGAGUAGAAAACAAACGAAAAAAGAUUGAGCAAUUCUCCCUGUUUGUCUGAUGAUUGUUAUUUAUACUGUGCAUUAUUGUAUUUUUUAAAUGUAAUUACAUCUGGUUUCAGGGAAUCUUGAAUGAUUUGUGUCAUUUCAAUCACGUGAAUGAAGAUUUUUGUAAAGUAAUCAUGAUUGAUUGAACGAAUUCAUGAUGAUAAAACCAUUUGUUACGCAUACUGUACGUAAACACUGUUGCAAAUAAAUAAAUUGUAAUUUAUUAUCAAAUAA